GUUAAAUAAUGGGUUUCUAUAUUUUCUUGCACCCCUGCAAGUUUAAAAAGACGUAAGUAGUGAUAAUUAGACAUUUUUGUAUGAUACCUACUAUCCUCGGCUCAACUUUUUAACGCUCAAAAGUGGAGAUGGCUUCAGCAGCAAUGGUUAAUAUCUCCUGUUAGGACUUAAGUCCUGGUUUUGAAUACAUUUAGGUGCCGAUUGAACUACUGAUUUUUCUUUUAAGCAAAAGUCUUCAGCUUUGCAUUGGUUCCAGAUGAAAAUGUAGUUAAAGAUUAACAAGAUGUACAUUGAUAAAGUCCACGUGAUAAAAAAAAAAAAUCUAUAUUGUGUUACUAAUAAAUCCAAUAUGUUAAUGAGAAAUAACGGUAAGAACGCUUUAAGAUCUAUAUUCAAGAUCUUUGCUAGAUUGGUCACAAAGUCCCUUCAUAGUGUGCUGAAAUAAAGCUACCAGUUUAGCUUUUUUUUUUUUAAAAGCAAUAAUUUAAGAAGUUAGUUAUAUAAGCUCAAGCUGAAACCAUAACACGUAUACACGUGUCGAUCAUUUCCCCAAAAAGUCGGGUAAGGGUUUUAUUUAUAAUCAGAUUUGACUUCUGCCCGAGAACACGUGACGUCCCCGGAAGACGAGCGAGGAGUCGCUCUCGCGAUACUUGAGUGCGGGAUUUUGUACAUCAAGGGUUGUGGCUGAGAGAGAGGUAAGUGAGCACCUAAACUGAUGGCGAAAUGUGUGCGAAGAUGUGUUAAAAGGCAGCAUUUGUAGGACUGAGGUACUCCAGAUCCAAGCAAUAAAUAUACCUAGAAAUAUACGUUCAUCCUCAUUCCGUUUGCGAUGAUAUUUAGGUCCUAAUAUGGCGACGGAUGUAUGUUAACGCAGGGCUCGGGCUAUUGCAUGGAGGAGACUGGAACAGGGCGAAGAAACAGGAAUUUCUUAAUAUGAGUGAUGAUAAACCUUUCCAAUGUACUGCUCCAGGAUGUGGACAGAGAUUCACAAAUGAAGACCACUUGGCCGUCCACAGACACAAACAUGAGAUGACACUGAAGUUUGGUCCAGCAAGGACUGACAACCUUGUAAUUGCAGACCAAACUCCUACACCUACUCGCUUUUUGAAAAACUGCGAGGAAGUCGGCCUCUUCAAUGAACUUGCGAGUCCUUUUGACCACGACUUCAAAAGAGCAACUGAAGAUGACAUUAAAAAGUUACCCCUGGAUUUGUCACCUCUUGCUACGCCUGUCAUACGCAACAAAACUGGGGAAUCUCCUGCUAUAGAUGUACAUCGGGGCAGCCCUCUGCCUCAUCCCGAGUCCACUACAAACGACGAUAAGGACUUAUCUUUGCAGCCAGCCUCACUGCCAACAUCCACUAUAGUCCAUCCUGCAUCCCUCCAAGUUCCCAAUGUACUUCUAGCAACCACAGAGGCUAAUGUUGUAAUACAGCAAGCGCUCCCAUCGCCAACAUCUAGCUCUGUUAUUACCCAGGUCCCAUCCACUAAUAGGCCUAUAGUCCCGGUGUCCGGCACCUUCCCCGUGCUCUUACAGCUGCCUAACGGCCAGACCAUGCCUGUUGCUAUACCUGCGUCUAUUACAAGCUCAAGUGUACAUAUUCCCACUACAAUCCCUCUUGUCAGACCUGUCACCGUAGUGCCUAGCGUCCCUGGAAUCCCCGGACCUCCCUCGCCACAGCCGCCGCCCGCCCAGACAGAAGCAACACUGAAACUGAAAGCCACGUUAAGCCAGCAGCUUCCUCAGGUAACCAACGGAGACGGUGACGAGAUCCAGAGCAGUGCCAUAACUCACACGGCUGCUCCUGCUUCUCCGGCUCCGACGACGGCCCCGCCGACUCCGAGCCCGGCCGCAGUGCUGACUCCGGCUCCUCACCUACCCACAACCGAGGAACCAUCCACACAUUCCCUUCAGCAGCCAGCCACCUCCACCACGGAGACACCUGCUUCUCCGGCGCCCCCUGCUCCAAACCCUCCAAGCACAGGCGGCCGGCGGCGCAGAUCCACAAACGAAGACCCCGACGAGAAGCGUCGCAAGUUCCUGGAGCGCAACAGGGCUGCCGCUUCCCGCUGCAGGCAGAAGAGGAAGGUUUGGGUCCAGUCUCUGGAGAAGAAGGCCGAGGACCUGAACUCCAUGAACGGAUCACUACAGAGUGAAGUCACCCUGCUGCGAAACGAAGUGGCUCAGCUGAAGCAGCUUCUCCUGGCUCAUAAAGAUUGCCCUGUAACCGCCAUGCAGAAGAAAUCUGGCUAUCACAUCUCUGACAAAGAGGAGAGCUGCGAGGAGAUGUCGGUCCCCAGCAGCCCCCAGAACGAGGCCAUCCAGCACAGCUCCGUCAGCACCUCCAACGGGGUCAGCUCCUCUUCCACGACUCCGGCCGUCUCCACCCCGUCCAGCGCCGCCUCCGCCUCCGCCGCGGCCGCGUUAACUCAGAGCACAGAGGAGAGCCAGGCACACAGCGGCGGCGCCGCCCAGUCCCAGCCGUCAGGGAGCUGAUCGUCCCAACCUGUGCCCGAGCAUCCGUGCCGGAGCACCGCCGCCUCUCCAUCAUCUCUGAAAGAACAGAGGAAAGGGAUUCUCUUGAAGCUCCAGUUCAGACUGUACAGCUUUUAAUUUAUUCUCGACUGCGUUCUUUUGUGUUUGUCGUCCUUUUUCGUUCUUCAUAGGCAACGCUUUGAAAAGAUGCAACGUUUUCUCUGAAAUCGGUGAAAACAAAAGAACAGGCACUUUAGGUGUAGGACGUAGAAGAUUAAGAUGUGGUUCUUAACUGUUUUUGUAUUUGUGUGACUUUAUUUAUUGACAUUAUUUGUAUAUUUUUAUUUGAAAGCAGUCAGCUGAAGCGGUCGAUCAUUGAAUUGUUGGAAACUUUACCAAAGUGUGUUGUGGCUCAUUCGAAGUCCAGUUUCUCUCUUUGGGUUUCAUGACUUUCUUUCUUUAAAGCACUAUCUUUUGAAUGAAGUUCCUGAAGGACAAGACACUUUGAUUUGUAAUUUGCUUUCGUUCCAUUUUGCACAUAUUUGAGGGACGACGGGUUUAGUUUUUACGAGUCCAUCAAACACCGGCAGCUUUUUACGAGUAUGUUCGGAGACUGUCACGUGACGCCACAGCUUUUCUGCUGUAGUGGCGUCGCACACUCUGAAUGUCUGAGCUCACCUCCGCAUGUAACCCUGGUCUGACGGAGGUGAGCCGCCUGGAUACGCGUGUUAUUUCGUUUACAUUCCAUCCGUAGUCUGAUUGUUCCUGAAGCAGUGAUUGUAGGGUUGCAGUACCUUUUUUCUUUUUUUUGUUUCCCAUCUCAGUGACGUUGGCUUCAUUCAGUGCCAUUAAUGUUUUUUGUACAAACAGAUUUCUGUACAUUUUUAAAGCGGAUUAGCUUGAGUUAAUUGCUGUUCUCUCAGAUUUAAAGGGCCUCAUGAACAUAAACUGCUCCUCGCUUCGUCUACCAUCUUUGCUUUAUAGGUGACUCUUUAUGGCUUCAGCGUCCAACGCCGAACAUUUAAGGACAUUAGGCUGUUUUCAUUAGUGCAAUUCUAAACAUCAUUUUUAGAAGACAUUUGUAAAUUGCAUCAAUGAUACAUCGUACGUGAUCCUUCUUGAUAUUAUGUAUUUUGUUUUUUUUGUAGGAUUGUCUGGAUUCAGUAGGUGAGCCCUGUUUUGAUCACAUUGACUCUGUUAGCAGUUAAAAACAGUCUCUUCCUGACUCCGUAGGUCGUCAUGUACCAUGAAAAACGUUCGGAUGUGAACUGGCAUCACAUCUUGUACAUUAGAGGGACACUACUACCACAGCUCCUUUGAGAAAUGUGAAUUUUCAUCACUGAAAUAUUUGUAAGAAACAAACCAUAUCCUUGAAGUCAGUUUGCCUUUUCUUCUUAGUCUGUACUGGCUUACUACUGUGUAGUUUUACAAAACGGCUAACGCAUUGUUUUCUUAAGAUAAAAUGUGAUUUUUAAAGUUUUGCUGUUAUGUGCUAUCUGCAUGAGAUAACAGUUCUCUGCGAGAAUUUGAUUGUUUAUUUAAUAAUGUCUCAACUAAGGAAAAUAAAAUGAAGCAAGUUGUUAUGACUUGAGUUGUGAAAGCUUUGGUGAUUUGUUUUACCCUGGCUCAACCGCUGAAAAUGGGGUGUGAUACUGUGUUGAAAGUGUACUUGUGACGUGAAAGUUGUGUAUAAAAUUUGAAUUAAGUUGUUGUA